ACCCCGUUUCUUUAGGUCACAUGUAUUAUGUAUCAUAUGUAUGUAUGCAUUAUGCAUAUACAUAGACAUAGAGAGAGAGAGAGAGAGAGAGAGAGAGAGAGAGAGAGAGAGAGAGAGAGAGAGAGAGAGAGAGAGAGAGAGAGAGAGAAGAUGAUGAAUGUAUGUAAAGAAGAAGAUUAAACAAUCAAAGACCAUACAAUGCCUUCUCCAGGUAAGGUGUAAGGUCAAUGAAACACUUAACAAAAAGAAGAAUCUUUUUUUCCAGGAAAAUAAGAAAAAGAGAAGAGAGAGUAAAGGAAAAUAAAAAGAAAACUUUUAGGCCUCGGAAAAGAGAGCUGAAACAAAAGUUGAUUUCAGAAAGCAAAAACCUUUGUUUCUCCCUCUUAACUCAUCUCCCUUUCUUCCUCUAUUAGUAAAGCUGAGACAGCACUAUAUAUCCACCAAAUAAAAGAAGAAAAAAAAAGAGAAAACUCUCUAAUCUCUCCUCGUGAAAAAACAAAAGAUUCUUCGAUUUUGUUUUUCUUUUUCAGUAGACACGCAGUAAUUGGUACACUUCUUCCAAUACCACCAUCGUGAAGAAAACAUAAUAAAAAGAGAGUUUAUUAUAAGAUGAUAGAUUACGAGAAGAACAACAACCAUGGAAACUUUCCCUCUUCAUCUUCCUCUGAUCUUAUUCUUACCAUCAAUGGAGCCUCCACGACCAAUAAGAGAAAACGUAGACCCGCAGGGACACCAGAUCCAGAUGCAGAGGUCGUGUCUUUAUCACCAAGAACAUUGCUAGAGUCAGAUCGGUACGUGUGUGAGAUCUGCAACCAAGGGUUUCAGAGGGAUCAGAAUCUCCAGAUGCAUAGAAGAAGGCAUAAAGUGCCAUGGAAGCUUCUCAAGAGAGAGAAGAAGGAUGAGAAAGUGAGGAAGAGAGUCUACGUGUGUCCUGAGCCGACGUGUCUCCACCACGACCCGUGCCACGCCCUCGGAGAUCUGGUCGGAAUCAAAAAGCAUUUCCGUCGUAAACACAGUGUCUUCAAGCAAUGGGUUUGCGAGAGAUGCUCCAAAGGCUACGCUGUACAGUCUGACUACAAAGCCCAUCUCAAGACAUGCGGCUCACGCGGCCAUUCUUGCGACUGCGGUCGCGUUUUCUCCAGGGUUGAGAGUUUCAUAGAGCACCAAGAUACUUGCACUUUCCGGCAACCUCCACCCACCAACUACCGUCCUCAGCAGCAAACGGCAAGCCCUGCCGCUCCAUCAAGAACAUUUUUGACCUCAAGCAUUGGACCUUUAUUGCAUGGACUUCCUUUGUUAAGGCCACCACUGCCCGAUCAACAUUCACUAACCUAUGCUUACCCUUUCAAUGCUUCAUCAACUCCUUUCGAAAGCCUCGAGCUUCAACUAUCAAUGGGAAUGAUGAGAACAUCAGCACAAGUGAACAUCAACGAAAAGGGAGAGACGAGUUUAACAAAGGAGGGAUCUAAUGAGGAAGCGAGGAAGGCAGAUCAAAUGAGACAAGAAGCGAAGAGGCAGAUAGAGAUGGCGGAAGCUGAUUUUGAGAAGGCUAAGAGAAUAAGGAAAGAAGCGAAAGCCGAGAUGGAGAAGGCUCAUGUUGUUAGAGAAGAAGCAAUCAAGAGGAUUAAUGCGACAAUGUUGGAGAUCACUUGCCAUUCUUGCAGGCAACUGUUUCAGAUCCCUGUUAUGGCUGAUGAGAUUACGUCGUCUCUUGUUAUGAGUUAUGUUUCCUCGGCGACAACGGAAGGGGAAUGCGAGUAAUCCAAUACUUCUUCACAAAUCCACACAAGGGCAAAAGAAAACAAUAAUGACUUUUAAAUGAAAUGAAUGUAUUUUAGUGGUUACCAUUAUGUGUUCAAUUUUUUACUAUAUGCAUCGUUUACUUUGUCUCUUCAGAAUUCCUGUAACAGUGUAAAUUUCAAGAAUCAUUUUUAAU